AUAACGGAGGGACUUCGCGUCACAAUACAAAAAACCUUGGUAUGGCUGAGAAGUCCUCGGAGCCUGGGUCUGUCAGCAUCCCCAUGGAGGAGACCAUGUGCAAUGGGGGGGCUCAGGACCCACCAUUGUUGACACACUUGAAGAAGGUGGAAAACCAUAUUACAGAUGCCCAGCGCUUCUCCCACCUUCCCAAGCGUUCUGCCGUGGACUUGGAGUUCAUUGAGCUGUCCUACUCUGUGCGUGAGGGCCCCUGCUGGCGAAAGAGAGGGUACAAGGCUCUGCUUAAGUGUCUGUCAGGAAGGUUCUGCAGUCGAGAGCUGAUCGGCAUCAUGGGUCCCUCAGGGGCUGGAAAAUCCACCCUGAUGAACAUCCUGGCAGGUUACAGGGAGACAGGCAUGAAAGGACAGAUUCUUGUGAAUGGGAAGCCACGAGAUCUGCGAUCUUUCCGCAAGAUGUCGUGCUACAUCAUGCAGGAUGACAUGCUGCUGCCACACCUGACCACACUGGAGGCCAUGAUGGUGUCUGCAAACUUGAAGCUCAGUGAAAACAUGGAGGUGAAAAAGGAGCUGGUAAGAGAGAUCCUGACGGCUCUGGGCUUGCUGGAGUGUGCACAUACCCGCACCGUCUCGCUGUCUGGGGGGCAGUGCAAGCGCCUGGCCAUUGCCCUGGAGCUCGUUAACAACCCUCCCGUUAUGUUCUUUGAUGAACCCACCAGCGGUCUCGACAGCGCCUCCUGCUUUCAGGUGGUGUCUCUAAUGAAAUCCCUGGCUCUGGGUGGCCGCACCAUUAUCUGCACCAUCCACCAGCCCAGUGCCAAGCUGUUUGAGAUGUUUGACAAGCUGUACAUCCUGAGUCAGGGACAGUGCAUAUAUAAGGGAACUGUGCCCCACCUCAUUCCCUACCUGAAGAACCUGGGUCUCCACUGUCCCACCUAUCACAACCCUGCCGACUUCAUUAUUGAGGUCGCGUCAGGGGAGUACGGGGAUCUGAACCCUGUGCUGUUCGAGGCUGUGCAGGGGGGGCUGUGUGCCAUGGAGGACAAGAAGAACUGUGAGAAGAGUGAGAGUCUCUGUCCCUCACUGAGUCACACCGACCCUGGACACAUUGAGAGCCACACAUUUGCAACGAGCACUCUGACGCAGUUCUGCAUUUUGUUCAAGAGAACUUUCAUCACAAUCUGCAGAGACUCGGUGUUGACGCAUCUGAGAGUCAUGUCACACAUCUCUAUCGGGGUACUGAUCGGCCUUCUUUACCUCAACAUCGGCAACGAUGCUAGCAAGGUCUUCAACAACACGGGCUUCCUGUUCUUCUCCAUGCUCUUUGUGAUGUUUGCUGCUCUGAUGCCCACUGUGCUCACGUUUCCUCUGGAAAUGUCGGUGUUUCUCAGAGAACAUCUUAACUACUGGUACACCCUGAAGGCGUACUACCUUGCCAAGACAAUGGCUGACAUUCCAUUCCAGGUCAUCUGCCCCGUCAUGUACUGCAGCAUCGUGUACUGGAUGACAGAGCAGCCUGCGGAGGCGCUACGCUACCUGCUGUUCGUGGCGCUGUCCACCUGCACCGCCCUGGUGGCGCAGUCACUGGGGCUCCUCAUUGGGGCCGCAUCUACCUCCUUACAGGUGGCCACUUUUGUUGGUCCUGUUACUGCUAUUCCUGUCCUCCUCUUCUCUGGCUUCUUUGUAAACUUUGACACCAUCCCCAAGUACCUCCAGUGGAGCUCCUACGUGUCCUACGUCAGGUACGGCUUUGAAGGGGUGAUUCUGUCCAUCUAUGGCAUGAACCGAACAGAGCUAGACUGUCCAGGGAAUGUGUGCAAAUUCCAGAAGCCAGAGGAGGUUCUCCAGCUGCUAGAUGUGGAGGACGCCAAACUGUACAUGGACUUCAUUGUUCUCGGCAUUUUCUUUCUGACUCUGCGGCUGGCCACCUACCUGGUCUUGCGUUACAAAGUCAAAUCUGAGCGAUAG